AUGGGUAUCAACGGGUCUUCAGUGAUGGAUAUUGACUCAGUGGAUAUCCACCACUGGUACAAUAAGUUUAUGAGGGAAUCUCCAUCUGGCCUACUAACAUUGUAUGAACUAAAAGCCAUUCUUGGGCUUCAGGGUAUGAAUGAUGAAGCAAAUGGAUAUAUUGAACAAGUAUUUGCAACGUUUGACAUGAAUCAGGAUGGAUUUAUAGACUUUGUGGAGUAUGUUGCUGCUCUCAGUUUAAUUUUAAAAGGCAAAAUUGAUCAGAAGUUAAAGUGGUAUUUUAAAUUGUAUGAUGUUGAUGGAAAUGGCAAAAUCGACAGAGAUGAAUUAUUAAGCAUUUUUAAGGCAAUACAAGCUAUCAACCGUCAAACAGAUAUGUCUCCUGAAGAGAUCACAAACUUAGUUUUUGAAAAAAUUGAUGUAAAUGGUGAUGGUGAGCUGACAUUAGAAGAAUUCAUCGAAGGGACACAACAAAGUGAUACUGUCAUGGACAUUGUGACAAAAAGCCUAGAUCUUUCAAAUGUUCUCAAAGUGAUCAAAAAUGGAAGAAGAAACAGCAUUUAAGGAAUUUGUAUUUUAAAACUACUUUUUUGGUACUUUUACAGGUGGAGGUGUGGGUUAGGGAUGAGCAUGGGGCUAACUACCAAAAAAUGGGUG